UGUUCUUUAUCUGGUGUUCGUCGUCGUCCCGUUUCAGCACGAGCUACGUUUGCAAUUUCAAUUUUUAUCGAAAAUUCUAUAUUUAUUGAAGUUUUUUCCUUCAAAUUCGCAUUAGUUUACGUUUCCCAAUUGGUCUACUAACAGUGCGUAGUGAAAGUGGUGCCGUGGUUUGCCGGCAUUCGGAAAUAUUCGACUAACGAACAGCGUAAACAAAAUAGUAGCCGAAGUUCUUUUAGCCAACAUUACGAAAUACCUUCGCGAAACGGCAUUUUCCGCUAAGUUCUGCCCGGUGGACAAGUUUUCGGCCAUGGCUGACCUACCGAAGCUGUCCCGCUCGAUGCGGGCCAACACCGAUCUGGAUAUCCGCCGGGAGCUGACAAACCGGCCCGAGGAUCGGCCCACUUUGCAGAUGUUUCGCAGCAAGGAGGCUAAAAGCGGAGUGUCCUGGAAGGAACUUAAACUGUUCAUCAAUCAAAAGCUGGACGCGAAGGAGGCAUCCGUAUUGACGAAUCAGUUGCGCGAGCUGUGGAAUCACUGCCGAGAGAUGAUCGGAGGCGAAGAGAAUGCCGUUCUGGUGGACGAAGCGGCUAUCUUUAUUUUGAGGUUGUUUCUGGAUCAGAAGAUCGUUAUGCUGAAGCACACCUCGCGCAUCAAGAAGAUGUUCGGCCAGGUGCCGAAUGCACUGAUCAAUAAAAUGUGUACGCUUGUCUACACAAUGAGCAAUCACUUGAACGAAGACUGCCGGAAAUAUCUGGAGGAAAAGGAGAAUGAGAACAAAGACUGUCCCACGGCCAUGUGGGGAGGACACAUCAAAUGCAGCAUACCGGAUGGACUCAGUGGAGACUUCAGUCUGCUCACGGAUUUAUCGCCCAUUCAACCAGCGGAGACGAAGUCAGCAGUGCACUUUUCCAUGAAAUACGACAGCAAAAAGGUCGAGCAACAGCAGUCCCAACCCGGUCCAAGUUCUUCGAAACCCUCCGAAGAAAAGUACACUCGAAGCUGGCUGGCGAAACACCUGUCGUCGGAUUUGAUCGACAACCUGGUGGAGCUACUCAAGUGCGGCAAAUCGAACGACGAACUGCAGGGGGAGCUGUUCGACUUUUUGGGCUUCGAUAAGUUUGAACUGAUUGAAGAGUUGCUGCAAAACCGAAAGCUCAUCAUCGAACGAGUCAAGGCAAUGGCCCAGAUCAACGUUUUUAAGGAGAAAGCGGCCAAGAAGUUGGAGGCGAUCCAGCAUGCACCCUCCUAUCUGAUGCCGGUGAUGAUCCAGUCGGAGUCGGAAAAGCAACUGCGAAAGCAAGUCAACAAGGAAGAGAAGAAGCUGAAAAAGUUCCUCAACGCAGUCGGCGGCGAAGAGGAAGAAGAAGAGCUCGAUCCAAUGAAGAUGAGACUGAACUACCAGCAGAGUCUGCUGAUGGCAGCGCAAAUGGCACCGCUGCUGGAUGAUAAGACUCCCAGGACAAUUGCCCCAAGGCCGCCCACCAAGAUAGUCAAGUAUCCGAACGUGUUUGACUCGUACAGUGAAGCCAAGGCGCAUGUUGGGUUCAUCGCGGGUGGGAAACUUAUGCUUCCGGACAACGUCGAGCGGAACGACACUAAAAUGUACGAAGAGGUAAAAAUUCCGGCUACCGAUCCUCCUCCCCUAUCGAUCGGAAACAAUCGGAUUCAGGUCAGUUCUUUGGACGAAAUCGGGCAGAUUGCCUUCAAAGGCUGCAAGGAGCUCAACCGGAUACAGACCAUAGUCUAUCCGGCGGCCUACCACAGCAACGAGAAUCUCCUCGUGUGCGCCCCAACCGGUGCAGGUAAAACCAACGUUGCCAUGCUGACCAUCGUCAACACCAUCCGGCAGUUCGUCGACCAAGGCGUCAUUCAUCGGGACCAGUUCAAAAUCGUCUACGUCGCACCCAUGAAGGCCCUGGCCGCCGAAAUGACUUCCAAUUUCGGCAAACGUCUGCAACCCUUGGGAAUCUCCGUCCGAGAGCUGACCGGCGACAUGCAGUUGACCAAAACCGAAAUGCAACAAACGCAGAUGAUCGUGACCACGCCGGAGAAGUGGGACGUCGUCACCCGGAAAGGCGCCGGCGAUGUGGCCUUCAUCAGUCUGGUAAAACUCCUAAUCAUCGACGAAGUGCAUCUUCUCCACGGGGAACGUGGCCCCGUCGUGGAAGCGCUGGUGGCUCGUACGCUUCGUCUCGUCGAAUCCUCCCAAAGUAUGAUCCGGAUUGUUGGUCUAUCGGCUACCCUUCCCAACUACAUCGACGUGGCUCGCUUCUUGCGCGUAAAUCCCAUGAUUGGCCUGUUCUUCUUCGACUCCCGAUUCCGCCCGGUCCCUUUGAGCACCGACUUCAUCGGAGUGAAAUCCCUAAAAGCACUGCAGCAGCUUUCCGACAUGGACCUAAUCUGCUACGACCGGUGCAUCGAUAUGGUCCGCCAGGGACACCAGGUGAUGGUGUUUGUCCAUGCACGGAAUGCCACCGUCCGAACGGCGACCAUCAUCCGAGAGUUUGCCCAGCAGAAGGGCCACAUCCAGCUGCUGACACCGGAAAGCAACCCGGACUAUGGAAAUGCGAUCAAAGCGAUUUCCAAGAGCCGCAACAAACAGCUGGUGGAGCUAUUCCAGACCGGGUUGGCAAUGCAUCACGCCGGAAUGCUGCGGCAGGAUAGGAACCUGGUGGAGAAGUACUUUGCUGACGGAAUUAUCAAGGUUCUAGUAUGUACGGCCACUCUAGCCUGGGGUGUAAACCUUCCGGCCCACGCGGUCAUCAUCAAGGGUACGGAAAUCUACGACUCCAAGCACGGUACCUUCGUGGAUUUGGGUAUCCUAGAUGUACUCCAAAUCUUCGGUCGUGCCGGCCGUCCGCAGUUCGACAAAAGCGGCGUGGGAACGAUCAUCACCACUCACGACAAGCUCAAUCACUACCUGUCGCUGCUGACGAACCAGUUCCCGAUCGAGUCCAACUUUAUCCAGUGUUUGGUGGACAAUCUGAACGCGGAGGUAACGCUGGGAACGAUCAGCAACGUGGAUGAAGCCAUCGAAUGGCUCAGCUAUACGUAUCUGUUCGUGCGAAUGCGAAUGAAUCCUCAGUGCUAUGGGUUGAACUAUCAAGAUCUACAGGAUGAUCCCACGUUGGAACAGAAGUGCCGUCAGCUGAUCCACACGGCUGCAAUGUCGCUGGACAAGGCACGGAUGGUGCGAUACAAUGAAAGAACGGGCGAUUUGAACGUCACCGAUCUGGGACGGACGGCGUCGCACUUCUACAUCAAGUACGACACGGUGGAGGUGUUCAACGAUAUGAUCAAACCGAUCAUGAACGAGGCGGACAUUUUGGCCAUGAUGUCCAAUGCGCAGGAAUUUGAACAGUUGAAGGUGCGAGACGACGAAAUGGACGAACUGGACGAGUUGACGAGAGCUUGCUGCGAAGUUCCGGUUCGCGGUGGUAGCGAGAACAUCCACGGAAAGGUUAACAUCCUGAUGCAAACGUAUCUAUCGAAAGGCUUCGUGCGAUCGUUUUCGCUCAUUUCCGAUAUGUCGUACAUUACGCAGAAUGCCGUGCGGAUAGCACGAGCCCUCUUCACGAUCGUCAUCCGACAGAACAAUCCGAUCCUGGCCGGGCGGAUGCUGAACGUCAGCAAAAUGUUCGAACGGCAAAUGUGGGAGUUCAUGACGCCCAUGUACCAGUUUCCGUUUUUGUCGUUCGACGUGGUGGAGAAAAUUGAGCAACGCGGUUUGAGCGUGCUGGCGCUGAGGGACAUGGACCUGAAGGAGAUCGGGGACAUGCUACGGAAUCAUCGUCAGGCACAGGUUGUGAAGCGAUGCGCCGAGGAAUUUCCGCUGUUGGAGAUCGAGGCGUCCUUGCAACCAAUCACUAGAACUGUGUUGAGGAUACGAGUGUUCAUCACUCCUGCGUUCAAAUGGAACGAUCGAGUCCAUGGCAAAACCGCCGAGUCGUUCUGGAUAUGGAUCGAGGAUCCGGAGAGCAACUUUAUUUAUCAUUCCGAGUACUUCCAAAUGACCAAAAAAAUGACCAUCCGCAAAGAAGUGCAGGAACUAGUAAUGACCAUUCCUCUGAAGGACCCCCUUCCACCACAGUAUUACAUCCGGGCAACCAGCGAUACCUGGUUGGGAAGCUCGAAUCUCGUGCCACUAUCCUUCAAACACCUUAUUCUCCCGGAGGUACACCCGCCACACACGGAACUACUUCCACUGCAACCCUUACCGAUCACCGUACUGAACAAUCGAAAAUUCGAAGCCCUCUACAAGUUCACCCACUUCAACCCCAUUCAAACGCAAAUCUUCCACUGUCUCUAUCACACGGACAACAAUGUCCUGCUGGGAGCUCCCACCGGAUCCGGAAAGACAAUCGCCGCCGAAAUCGCCAUGUUCCGAGUGUUCAAAACGCUCCCCAAAGGCAAGGUCGUCUACAUCGCUCCGCUCAAGGCGCUGGUCAAGGAACGGAUCGACGACUGGAAGGUCCGGAUAGAACAAAAACUCGGCAAAAAGGUCGUCGAAUUGACGGGAGACGUUACGCCGGACAUCAAAGCCAUCCGGGAGUCGCAUGUGAUCGUUACGACCCCCGAGAAAUGGGACGGUAUCAGUCGAUCGUGGCAAACGCGUGACUACGUGCGAGAUGUGGCACUGAUCGUGAUCGAUGAAAUUCACCUUUUGGGCGAAGACCGUGGUCCCGUGUUGGAGGUGAUCGUGUCCCGCACGAACUUCAUCGCUUCGCAUACUGAACGAACGCUACGAAUUGUGGGACUUUCGACAGCCCUUGCCAACGCUCGAGACCUGGCCAACUGGUUGGGUAUCGGUAUGAUGGGUCUGUACAAUUUCAAGCCUUCCGUACGACCGGUUCCGCUAUCCGUGCACAUCCAGGGAUUCCCAGGGAAGCACUACUGCCCUCGGAUGGCCACCAUGAACCGGCCGGCCUUCCAAGCGAUUCGCCAAUAUUCACCCUGUACUCCGGCGCUGAUCUUCGUGGCAUCGCGUAAGCAAACGCGCAUCACCGCGUUGGAUUUGAUUGCCUUCCUGGCCGGGGAGGACAAUCCCAAACAGUUCCUGCACAUUCCGGAACAGGAAAUGGACCAGAUUUUGAUGAACAUCAAGGACAAUAAUCUGAAACUGACGCUGGCGUUCGGUAUCGGUAUUCAUCAUGCCGGUUUGCAGGAGCGGGAUCGUAAAACGGCCGAGGAACUGUUCCUCCACCGGAAGAUUCAGGUACUAAUUGCAACGGCCACCUUGGCUUGGGGUGUCAAUCUUCCGGCCCACUUGGUUAUCAUCAAAGGAACCGAAUUCUUCGAUGGAAAGCUGAAACGGUACGUCGACAUGCCCAUCACGGAUGUGCUGCAGAUGAUGGGACGAGCCGGUCGGCCGCAGUUCGGCAACGAGGGAAUCGCCUGCGUAUUUGUGCACGAUGUGAAAAAGAAUUUCUACAAAAAGUUCCUGUACGAUCCGUUCCCGGUGGAGUCCAGCUUGCUGGAGGUUUUGCCGGAUCACGUCAAUGCGGAAAUUGUGGCCGGUACGGUGCAGACCAAGCAGGGUGUGCUGGACUACCUGACUUGGACGUAUUUCUUCCGACGGUUACUGCGGAAUCCGGCUUAUUAUAAUCUGGAGGACAUCGAACAGACGCAGGUCAAUUACUUUUUGUCCUCGUUGGUUCAGAAUGUACUGGACACUUUGGUGAGGGCAGGAUGUUUGCAGAUUGCGGACGAUGAGCGCGGUCUGAUUCCGACUUCGAUGGGACGGAUAUCGUCGUACUACUACAUGUCGCAUCAGAGUAUGAGGCACUUUGCCGAUCGUCUGAGUCACGACAUGAACUUCGAAGAGCUGUUGCGGGCCAUGGUGGAUGCUUGGGAGUUCGAACAACAGCCGGUGCGACACCAUGAAGAUGUGUACAAUACUGAUUUGGCCAAAUUGUGUAGGUUAAAGGUAGAUCCUCUAUCGGUGGACAAUCCACACACCAAAGUAUUCUUACUGAUGCAAGCUCAUCUAUCCCGAUUGCCUCUUCCCAACUCUGACUACGGAACGGAUACAAAAUCCGUUUUGGACCAGUCUAUCCGAAUUAUUCAGGCCAUGAUCGACAUCACAGCGGAACGAGGUUGGCUCGUUAGCACUCUUCGGAUUCAGCAGAUGAUGCAGUGUAUCGUGCAAGCCCGUUGGAUCGAUGAUCCCGUGGUGAUGACCUUGCCGAACGUCGAACCGCACAAUGCGCACGUCUUCAAGCACGUGAAAUUGGAUCAUCCAUUCCUGACACUACCUGCACUCAAAGAAAAGUGCCAUCGAAAGUACGAAAACCUUGCUGGCCCGCUGCGACAAGAGUUCGAAGAACCAGAAAUCGAACAAAUCUACAAAGUUCUGUGCUCGCUGCCCUCCAUCAAUGUGCAGCUCGCGAUCCGAGGACCGUACGCUGAUGAGCCGAACGCGGAUCGUCCGGUGACGCAGCCUCAAACUCGCGACACCUGGAUGGAGAUCUACGCCGAACAGGAAUAUGUGCUCAAUGUGCAAAUGAUACGGUUGGGAAGUUUCGAAACCUUGAACAUCCACUGCCCCAAGUUCCCCAAGGGCAAGGACGAGGGCUGGUUCCUGACGCUGGGUCAUCAAGCCGAAGGAGAGCUGAUCGCUAUGAAACGAUGCGUGUACCGCAGCAACAAAAGUUCGCAUCAGUUGUGUUUCUACGCGCCACGACGAUUAGGACGCUGCAUAUACACGGUGUACCUGAUGUCGGAUGGCUACAUCGGUUUGGAUCAACAGUACGACAUCCAUCUGGACGUACGGGAACCUCCGCGGAAUGCAAUACAGGAAUCGAAAGCAGAUGACUAUGACGAGGACUAUUUAUGGCGAAACAAGCUAGAUAAGUUGUGAGCUUUUAAGCUGUCAGUAGCAACGAGUGCAAAUUAUUCCACGUGGUCGUCUUAUGAUUAAUUCAAGGCUAAAUAAGCUGGUGGUUAUGCUAUCAUAAUGUUCGCUGCUUUCGGAAACAGCAUUGAAACAGGUAAGUGUUUAGUUACAAUGUGAUUCGUUAUUUGAUAGCCUAUAUUUUCUUCGUAACGUACUAUUAGAAUCAAAACUAUCCAAUUGAACUCGUUAUUUUUAUUAUUAUUUCUUUUUGUAAAUAUAUAACAAAUAUUUAUUGCUGA